AGUACAUAUCUGGCUCGUUGGCCAGAUACUGCUUUAAAACUUCCAGCAGUCGUGCGCACAAAUUUCCCCUGUCGUCAUUUUUUGAGUGAACUCUGAUCAUUGAGCAAGCUGUUUCACAAUUUCAUUGAUAUAUCCGUUCAUGUAGAAACGAGUCAUAUGCCUUUUAUUCUGCGGUGGAUGCUAAAUGGGUAGAAGUUGACGCACGAUUGGUGUGGUAAAUCCUAUGCAUUCUUUCGCUUUAGACCUACACAUGGUCUAUGCAUGUCAAAACCGAAGGCCACCUGACAGACUGGAACAGUAGGGAAUCUUAAUUGCUUUGACAAUUUUAUCAAAUACGUUUUUAAUGAAAGUCAAUUGCACUUUUGAGAUAGUGUCGCCUGUUCGGGUGUCUAGGCGGAGAAUGAAAAGAACCAUGCCUGAAAUGAAAAGGGCGAGGAGGCCCGACGUGAAACUAGUUAUAUUGGGGGACAUGGACGUUGGCAAGACCUCUCUGUUACACAGGUACAUGGAUAAAAAGUUCAAUGAUACCAUUAGUACCGUCGGCGGUGCGUUCUACUUAAAGCAGUGGGGACCCUACAACAUAUCGCUUUGGGACACCGCAGGUCGGGAGCAGUUCCACGGGCUCGGCUCCAUGUACUGCCGGGGUGCGUCCGCUGUCAUCCUUACCUACGACGUGACCAACUGGCAGAGCCUGGCAGAGCUGGAGGAGCGCUUCCUGUCUCUCACCGACACAGCCAAUCACGACUGCAUCUAUGCCGUGGUGGGCAACAAGGCUGACAUUCCUGACCCCCCCAAUGUGGAAGAAGACUAUGAGGGGGGUUUCCCCGUUCACACACAGCACUAUGCCUGCCACCUCAUCCCUCCAGCCUCCUCUACUACGGUCUCCCCCGUGGCCAACCGAGAGGUUCGAAUGGAAGACGCCGUGGCGCUCUACCAGCGUAUCCUCCGGUACAAGGCGCUGGAUGAGCGUUUGAGCCCGCCUGCAGAGAGGAUGUGCUUUGAGACGAGCGCCAAGACGGGUGCCAACGUGGACGAGUUGUUUGAGACGCUGUUCGAAAUGGUGCUGCCGUCCAUCCUGAGGAUGAGGUCGGAGAGCGAGGCCUCACCCACCAUAGACCUGGAGGACUAUGGGCCGUUGUCCAGCAAGCAAACCAAGGGGGGCUGCUGCUGAACGAAGUAGGGUGAAGGUGCUGAUCUUGAGUCUAUUUUGCAUUUUCCCCACAAAUGGGUAAGGUUAGGAUUGUGGGAGGGGAAGCUGAUCCUAGAUCUGUACAUUGGGGAACGUUUACCCCAGAGCCUGCUGAAGGCGACAAGGAAGAAGUCUCGGGGGGAAUCUCAAUUGUAUACUCCUCGCCUCUUCUCGCCUAGUAUUCUUCUCAUAACCCAUUGAAUGAGAAAGCCAGAGGUCCCUUCCCUCUGACCAGCUCUUCCAAUAGGUUUUGAGAUGGAGAGAGGAUGCGAGGAGUAUGCAAUUGAGAAUCUUCCCUGGUUUUAGGGGUUGGUUUUCACAGACGUACACGUACGUACACCCACGUUGUUUCUACUUUAAUACAGAGGGAUUACUCAUCAAGUGAGCUCAACUGAGCUGGGCCGGAUUACCGAACAGGCACUGGGCAUGUGCCCUGUGCCCCUAACCCAUGUUUUUGUUGCAUAUGAUACCAAAAUGUGUAGAAUUGUAGGAAAUUAAGUUUAAAACUGCAAAAUUAUCUUAACCUCAUGGCAAAAUGUGAACAAAAUGAUAUGCGCUAUAAAAUACCAACAAAACAAAUCUGCCCAAUGGCGAAAGUGUGGAAUUGUAGGAAAUUGGCUUUAAAACUACUUGUCAAAAUUUGCUCUUAUCCUCAUGACAAAAUGCGUAGAAUAGCAUUAGAAAACUUCACGUUUUUCUCUCUGCACCAUUUUCAAAAUGUGCUAAUUCUGUUAAUUAAUUAAUUAAGUCCAGUAGUCUGUCACUGCUGUUCAGAUUUCAUUUUAUGGUUUCACACUAAAAAAGAAAUGUCACUUUUAAAAAAAUGUUUUUUUAGUCAAUUCUGAUCUUGGGGAAUUUUUUGGACUGAGUUGCACAAAAAUGUCACUUGUCUGAGCUGUUUGUCAGUGAUAGAAAAAUGCAGUUUCACUUGAUUUUUGUGGCAUUUGCCAUUUUCAGACACCUUUUUAUUUCUUUAUCUUUGUUUACCAUCUGCCUAAAUUAAAACCAUUCUACCUCCAAUAA